GUCACAGAACUACUUGAAGAUGGAUUACUGGGGAUUGCCCCUUUGAAAGAAAAAUACAGGUUUAUUGCAAGAGAUUUAAUGGAGCAGCUUGAGAAGCAAGACAAAACUGUUCGCAAGUUAAAGAAACAGUUGAAAGUAUUUGCUAAGAAGAUUGGUGAACUUGAAGUGGGCCAGAUGGAGAACAUAUCACCUGGACAAAUCAUUGACGAACCUAUUCGUCCAGUUAACAUUCCACGGAAAGAAAAGGACUUCCAAGGGAUGUUAGAAUAUAAGAAAGAGGAUGAACAAAAACUUGUCAAGAAUCUUAUUUUAGAGCUGAAACCACGUGGGGUAGCUGUCAACCUGAUUCCAGGACUACCAGCAUAUAUUUUGUUCAUGUGUGUACGCCAUGCAGAUUACCUUAAUGAUGACCAAAAAGUGCGGUCAUUGUUGACUUCCACUAUCAACGGCAUCAAAAAAGUGUUGAAGAAAAGAGGUGAUGACUUUGAAACAGUGUCCUUCUGGCUAUCUAACACCUGCCGAUUUUUGCACUGUUUGAAGCAAUAUAGUGGAGAAGAGGGGUUUAUGAAGCAUAAUACACCUCGUCAAAACGAACACUGCCUCACUAAUUUUGAUUUAGCUGAAUACAGACAAGUACUGAGUGACUUGGCUAUUCAGAUCUACCAACAACUAGUCCGAGUGUUGGAAAACAUUCUGCAACCAAUGAUUGUUUCAGGAAUGCUGGAGCAUGAGACUAUCCAAGGUGUCUCAGGGGUGAAACCAACAGGACUGCGGAAGAGAACGUCCAGCAUUGCUGAUGAAGGAACCUACACUUUGGACUCCAUUAUUCGGCAGCUGAACUCCUUCCAUUCAGUGAUGUGUCAGCACGGAAUGGAUCCAGAGCUGAUCAAACAGGUUGUCAAGCAGAUGUUCUACAUCAUUGGGGCUGUAACGCUUAAUAAUCUUCUCCUGCGCAAGGACAUGUGCUCGUGGAGCAAAGGAAUGCAGAUAAGAUACAAUGUCAGUCAACUGGAAGAAUGGCUACGUGAUAAAAAUUUGAUGAAUAGUGGGGCUAAAGAAACACUGGAACCCCUCAUCCAGGCUGCACAGUUGUUGCAAGUGAAAAAGAAAACAGAUGAAGAUGCAGAAGCCAUUUGUUCAAUGUGCAAUGCACUAACUACUGCCCAGAUUGUAAAAGUCCUGAAUUUGUAUACUCCAGUUAAUGAGUUUGAAGAGAGAGUCUUGGUAUCAUUUAUACGUACAAUACAGAUGCGUCUGCGAGACAGGAAGGACUCUCCUCAGUUGCUCAUGGAUGCUAAACACAUCUUCCCUGUUACUUUUCCAUUUAACCCAUCCUCUCUGGCAUUAGAAACCAUUCAGAUCCCAGCCAGCUUGGGCCUGGGCUUCAUAUCACGUGUCUGAUCCCAAGGAUGUACUGUCAGUGUUAGAUGGAGAACCAGUUGCCUGAUAUCUUGUAUCUGUUAAGACAUAGUGAGCCACUGAAAACACAUUUUAUGAACCAACAGUCAAUAUAUGCCCAGAUCUGUAGUAAAAGUAGCUGGAAAACUACGUAACAGCACCACAGACUGAAGGCUAAUAGAAAGAUGUGCAUUUGUGUUCACUCAUUGCAUUUACGAGGACAUCACUGAUUCAUACAUUUCCAGAACAUGGAAAUCUGGUCUGGACAAAAAUUGUGUCUUCAGCUGUCUAGAGACAUUUUUAGAUCUUUAGUAACAUAUUUAAAUAGUGUAAAUUAAACUCCAUAUGUAAUCUUCUUAUAGGCAGGGACCACCAGGGACAGUCACAGUCCUGAACAUGGAAGACUUGAAAGUAAGGCAUUUUGUAGUAGAAUACACAGUCACUUGGGAGCCUGUUACAUUUAAUUUGUAAAAACUGGAGUGGAGAAACACAAACUGGCAAUAUGUAAAAUUAUUUCUUAAACCACUUCCUUAUUUAUGUCAGUUUGACAUAAAUUCUAGUGAUAAGUCUUUUAGCUCACUAUAUGCUAUAACUUAGGUGUUCAUUUGUUAGUACUGUAGUUUACCAAGCAUACUAAAUUGCUGCUGCAUAUUUUCUUUUAAAUGUAUGACAGUAUCAUACUAAGCACUAAAAAUAAGAUAUUUCAUUUUUUGUUGUCAACCUUAUUUACAGUCCAGUGCAGUCUGUUACUUUAAGUGGAUUUUUGCAAAUGGUAUCAAAUAACACCUGUAGAGUAAAAUGGUAACUAAGCACAAGUAGCACACUGGAAAUUACAUGUUUAGUUAUUUUUGGAAGUAGUUAGCUAAAAACACAGAAUCCUGAAGCAAAUUAUGAGAAGACAAUAAUUAUUUUAGUAUUUAUUUAAUUUUGUAGUCUGUCUAAUGUUCUUCUUCGUUUGUAGACCCCAGAUAUGACUGUGUAUUCUGAGUAUAAUCUCUUGUUUUGUUGCCGCUUAAAAAAAAAAAGAAAAAAGUAUUCUACUGGAAUUUGAGAGGAAGAACUUUAAUAGAAAAUUUCUGCAGUAGCCCAAGGCUCUUACUCUGUGAAAAGUUGACUAACAAGAAUGUUAAGUAGGUUUUGACUAUGAUGCUGUCAUUUGACUAUGAUUCAUGCUGAUUUAAUGGUCGGAGAUCUAGAGUGCAUAAUGAGAAAAUGAGUUAUUUUGGAUAUUGCACAUCUUACUGGAAAG